UCGGUUCGAAUCGGUCGCACUCGGGCAGAGUGGGCGUUACCCAAGCUCAAUCGGCGGUACAAUCGGAUGAUCCCGAGCGGGCGGAGCUUUGUACGAGGAAAUGGCUCAGUUGGCUGACAGCCCUGAAGAAAACCGGCGAGCUGCAUCUCCACCCGGCACUUUCCCGCUGCUAUCAGUUUAAUAUCGCUUUACAACAGCCGGACAUUCACUGAAACGCGUCAGAAGGGACAAACAAAGUCCUGAAUGCUACAAUUUUGAGCAGAGAAGUCGGAAAUUAGCGCGUCCUGCAGCAGAAUGGAAACACAGAUACAUGUGCCCGUCGGUUCGCCGGUUAUCCGAAAAAUUCCGGUUUUCGUGGACGAGCACGACGUGACGGAGGGGGCGAUGAAGCUCAUCAAGGAGCUGAGGCCGGCGUGGGACAGCGGCAGCGUCAAGACCAAGUUCUUCACAGAUGGAACCACCAAUAAGCUGGUCGGCUGCUACGUGGACGAGAGUCCGGAUGACGUGGUCCUGGUCCGGGUGUACGGGAACAAGACGGAGCUGAUUGUGGACAGAGAUAAUGAGCUCAAAAGCUUUCAGGUGCUCCACGCUAACCGCUGCGCCCCCCGCCUCUACUGCAGCUUUCAAAACGGCAUCUGCUAUGAGUUCAUGCAGGGAGACGCUCUGGGCCCGCAGGACGUCCGGGAUCCAACCUUACUCAGACUAAUAGCUCGGGAAAUGGCCCGCAUCCAUGCCAUCCACGCCCACAACGGCUGCAUUCCCAAACCCAGCCUUUGGAUCACCUUGAGGAAGUACUUCUCCCUUUUGGCCACAGAGUUCACCGAUCAAGCCUCCAACUCCAGAAUCCAGCAGCAGGUUCCCAGCAAGGCGGUGCUGGAGGAGGAGAUGGUGUGGAUGAAGGAGCAUCUGUCCACGCUGGGGUCUCCUGUGGUGCUCUGCCACAACGACCUGCUCUGCAAGAACAUCAUCUACAACGACAAAGAAGGUCACGUGCGCUUCAUAGACUAUGAAUAUUCCAGCUACAACUACCAAGCCUUCGACAUUGGAAACCACUUCAACGAGUUUGCAGGCAUGGCGGAGCUGGACUACGGACUCUACCCGAGUCGGGAGAUGCAGAUGGUUUGGCUGAAGGAGUACCUGAUGGCAUACAAGUUGUUCACCAAGAAAAGCGAGGAGGUCAGCCCCCGAGAGCUAGAGACGCUCUACGUUCAGGUCAACAAGUUUGCUCUGGCCUCUCACUUCUUCUGGGGGUUCUGGGCUCUGAUCCAAGCCAAAUAUUCCACCAUCGACUUUGACUUUCUGGGGUACGCUGUGCUGCGUUUCGACCAGUACUUCAAGACCAAACCGGAGCUGAUGGCAAUGCAGAUCCCAGAGUGAUCGGACGCGGAGGGCCUCGGAGCGGCUGCAGCAGGAAACCCUGGAACCUCCUGCAGGACGGACUCUUCUGUCCGUUCACGGACCACAGCUCGGUGUGCCAGGCACCUUCUUAUCGCAACGAUUCCUCCUUCAUUCCUCCAGCCAGCCUGACUUCUGUGGCCACACAGACCUCCACGAGCGCGCCUGUCUUUAGGCUAUACCAAGAACAGCCAGUUUCUCAGUCAUGAGGGAGAACAUUCCUCUCUAUGUUUGCUGAAAUGUCUGUUUUGCAGAAAUCGUUUUUCUUUUUUUCUUUUGAUUUUCUGUAAGCCCCUGACUGAUCUGCAUCACCGUCUCAGGUUUGCAUCUUCUGCUCUGCGUUGACCCGACAUACGGCUGCUUUUCCACCCUCCUGACUUUUACGGUUACAGCUCUUCGCUCCGUUAAGUUUCCAUUAACAUUUGGGGGCUCUUGGAAACUCGUGACCUCACUCACCUUCUCUUCUCCUCCUUCCUCACUUCACUUCAUCUGUCACAGAUGGAGAAGCUUGAAAUUCUGACAGUUCUUUAGGUAUUCCGAGCAAACCGUGGCUUAAUUCAGACUGAAGACGAGGAGAAAGCAGGAGGUCGUGUAUCAGCAUUUGUAGUAAAUUACUGACCUCGCUUAGUUUCAAGCUUAAAGCCUUUUUUUUAAUAGAAGAAUGUUCUUAAGGCAGCCUUUUAUUGUAGUUUUUUAUUAUUCAUGCCUCCAUCCCCCUUUGAGCCAUAAAAGCACUCAAAUGAAGCUGAUGUUUAUCAACAGGUUUCUUAUCUCUCGGUUCGUCUAAAGUUAGGGUCUUUAAAAGGGGGCGGGGCUUUGAUCUUUGUCCUACAGUGGUGUUGUGGUGUCGCGGCUUAUAUCUUGACCAGGAAACGCAACCAAUGUGGGAGAUGUUGAGAUGUUUCCAUGAAGGUUUGAGGAUUUCUAUGGUCAUGAAUCUUCUGAUUUGGGAGUGAGAAAAGCACUUUGAAACCCAGGAAGGGGAAGGAGAUGGAGAAUGUGACAAUGUGACUAGUCCAGACCCGGACUGAACCUGCACUCCGUAAAAACACUGACUGACACUCCGCCUCACUGUAGGAUCAGGAGCUGCUGUGAAAGCCUCUAAGGAAAGCUCUGACAGCUGAGGUUUAAACCUCUUUACAGAGCCGUAAACAUGAUAUUCAAAAACAUAUUAAAUUGUUCCUUCAAAUUAAUAAUUUGUAGCUAUAAAAUUUACAUUUUGUGGGCUGAAAUUAGCAUUUUAUGGCAUACUUUAGCAGUGUAUCACCGUUUUACAGGCACAAAUUAGCAUUUUGUGGACAUUCAAUUAAAUUCAAAUAACUAUGUGUCAGGAACUUCAUUUGCAGACCAAACGUAUAUAAAUACAUAGAUAAAUCAAUAAAAUCAAUAAUAAACCAACAGUUAGUCAAUUUUAUCAGCUAAUUAACAUAAUUUUUUAUUUUUUCUGGAUGAAUUGGUAUAUUCAAUUCCUAAUUUGUUCUUGCAAAAUGCUAAUUUUAAGCCACAAAGUGCCAGCUAUUGCGCACAAUAUACAAAUUUUUGCUCACAAAACGGCAAUUUGUCCUUACAAAAUGUUAAUUUAUGCUAAAAAAUGCGAAUUUUUGCUUAAAAAAUUAGAGUUUUUGUGACAAAAUGCUAAAAUUUGUUUAAAAGAAUUGAAAAAACUCAGUUAUGCCCCAAAAAUGCUAAUUUGUGUGCAGAAAAUGCUUAUUCCAGUGAAGAAAGUUCUAGUUUUUGUCCAGGAAAUACUAGUUUGUCCCAAAAGAGGCUGAUUUUUGUUUUGAACUAAAAGCUAAUUUGUCCAAAAAAGGCACAUUUUUGCUUUUAAAAAAUGCUAAUUUGGGGCAGAAAAUGCCAGUUGACAUAUACAAUGCAAAUUUUUCCCCAAAAUGCUAAUUUUUGCAUUUAAAAAAUGCUAAUUUGGGCUCAGAAAAUCCUAAAUUGUCCCAAAAAAUUGCUAAUUUUUGCUUUUAAAAAAAGAACUAAUUUGUGCCGCAAAAAAUUUGUGUGCAGAAAAUGCUAGUUUGUCCUAAAAGAAAUGCUAAUUUUUGCUUAUAAGUGCUAACUCGUGCUGAAAAGAAAUUCUAAUAUGUGGGAACAACUCCUAAAACAUGAGCACAAAAUGCUAAUUUAUGCCCACACAAAUGAAUUUGUCCCAUAAAAUGCUACUAAAAUGCUAAUUUUGUGGCCAUACAAUGCAAAAUUGUGGCCAUACAAUGCAAAUUUACAAAAUACUAAUUCAUGGCCACAAAUUCUUAUUUUGAGUAAAACAGUUUGUUUUUUGAAUGCCAUGUCCAGCGUACCUCUCCAUGCACUAAAAGGUUCAUAGCUGAAACACUUUGCCUUCACUUGCUGGCUUUACUCCACGUUGAAGUUAAAAUGGGGACGACACUGAAAAACCUGCAGACUUUUGAGUCAAGUUGCACUGAGAGGAGAUGCUCAAUCCUCAGUGAGCUUUCCAAAAAUAAAGAAAAGCAUGAAGUGAAUUGAAGCUUUUUAGGGAAAAAUACCCAUAUGAUUCCAGCAAAAAUGACAGGAAACAGAAAUGUCUAAUGUGGAUUCAGAAGGAAUCGAUAAACACAGCUUGAGCUUGAAAAUAAACUCCUUUAAAAGAAUGAUGGGACACAUUUUGGAAUUUUAUGAAAGUUGUUUUUCUUCCAGAGCUGAAGGAGAUGAUAAAAGCCAUCUUUUAGCUCGCAGCACAGCAGACCCUCAGAUUCUAUCUUAGCUUUGGUCAAACUGUAGAAGUCUGUGCUAAAAAUUCAACCCAUAUAUCAUCCCGAAGUUCAGAAAAUAUCAAAUCCAGAGGAAACAAACAGUUCAGAUACAAAUUUCUUCUGAAAUAAAAGAUGUAUGGGUUUGGUGAUGAGAAAAGCUGCCAGUUUCUUGAAAAUGUUCUUUUUAUUCUGUGGAUGUUUUUUAUGUGUGAGCUGCUGUUUGCAGGCUGUCAGAAUAUCUGACCACUUUGGGAUUCAAAGCAGAUAAUUUAUUGACUCUUAACAUCACAUUUCCACUUUUAUUUUCUAAAAAGGCUUGCUUCAGAGUUUGCAUUGCAGUUGAUUUGAGUUUUAACUCUGUGUGUGCGUGUCUGAAUGUAAUGUCAUUUUAAAACUUUGUUGAGAAAAGAGUUAUUUUUCUUUGUAAGCUUAUAUUUAAUUUCUGUAAAUGCUUUGACUUGAACUGUCAGCCGCUGAGUUGAGAGAUGCCGUGUCAGCAGAAGUGACUCUUCGGCUCCGAGGAGAUGGAGGAUGUAAAUACUGUAAGAAAUACUGUGAAAAGUUGACUGUACAGCGAUCCUUAACACCUGUAGCAGUGGAAAGGAGAGUUAUUUAACAUUUGUCGGUAAAUAUUUCGAUUAAAGAGUAAGAAAUGAUUUUAAACAUGA